UGAGACUCGCCUACUUGGUUCAUUAUCAUAAUGAAUCAUGGCGACAGUUGCGUUUGCAUUAAUAUUUAGUUUAAAUUUUCUUUCCUUAUUAAGAUGAUCCUUAACUCUGUUAAAUAACCAAACCCGUUGCUUCUACCGAAGCUGGCACUUCGAUCUAAACAGAACUGUCGAGAUUAAAAUACAGCUUGUGUUCAGACAUACUGACAUGGGACGAAAAAGCAAAUUAUAUAAAGCUGGUGUGACCGUUUUGACCUUCAACUUAUUGUUGCAAAUAGCAGCCGUCGCCUCACCAGGCUGGUUGAUCGUCGUCAAGGGCAACACGGAGAGCUUCCACAGUAUCUUCUACGUAGUGACGUGUGACACACUUGAUGGCGCCACGUGCAAGGGACUGUCACUUUACGAAAAACACGAGGCCAACCACGAGCUCUUGGGUACGCGACAUGUGGAUUUUAAAAACGAAGAUAACCUGAAGCAUGAAAGGACGAUGCAGCAAGUCCUGCUCUUAUCCGCUAUAGCGUGUACGUUGGGUGCUGUAUUUCUGCACGUCUGCAGGCGGGACCAUGACAAGAGACACGCGCACAUAAUUUCGACUACCAUCGCACUGUGUGGUUUGUCAGCUGGAAUAUCUGUCACUGUUGCAUCCCUGUUUAUCGUCCAAAACGCGGAUAUCUCUUCAAGUUUAAAAAGCGACGCACGUUUUACACACCGUUACGUCGGAUUCCCGUACAGCCUCACUAUGAUGCUUACCUCAGUACUCGUGCACCUAGCUUCGAUGAUCAUUUUGGCAAACCAACUCAAUGACCCCAAAGAAAAGAAGGAGAAAGAAAAGCGCACUACCGACAUUGCUUACAUAGAUUUUGAAAAUGACAAGGGUGCUCCUUCGCCGCCUGGGGUCACUAAGGUGACCACCAAGGACACCAAGGAAACAGACGGAUAUGAGAGCUACCGAUUAUGACCAACAAUAGAACAUCCGAUGACAAUAUUAAUCUGCUUGUAACAAACUCGCGUUUGUUUAUUGCUUGAAUUAUAAACUUUUCGUUAUUAAUACUCUAACUAAAAAAUGCGCUGUACCGGGGCCCGAAUUCACCAUCCGAUUAAUAACUUUAUCGUAUUCCGUAUGCUUAUAUUAAGUAGACGAAUAAAGAUUUGAAAACA